UGAUAACAUUUUGCAAAACUCUGGUAUUAAUUAUAUAAAAAAAAAUGUAUUAAUAUUAUAUAUUUAAACUAUUAUUAUAGUUAAAUAUUAGAGCUAUUUAGCUACCAAUUUACUUCGUGACCAAAUUUAUUCGACAAAAUUACAUACCUUUGUUUCCCAUUUUUUACUUAAUUAGCUUUUUUGUGUGCAGAUUUUUAGGUUACGGAGACUCUUUUGCAAGUAUUUCAUUUAGCAACCGGAUUGGCGAGUCUACGGUUCGUAAAAUAAUUUAUGAUACAUGCGGAGCCCUAUGGGAAGUUUUGCAACCUAUAUAUAUGCCUCAACCAACUGUGGAACAAUUUCAACGAGUUGAAGAAAAAUUUUGGCGAAUCUGGAACUAUCCAAAUUGCAUAGGUGCAUUGGACGGAAAACAUUGCGUUAUUGAAAAACCACCUAAAACUGGCUCCAUGUACUUCAAUUAUAAGAAAGAAUUCAGUAUUGUGUUAUUAGCUCUUGUUGAUGCAGAUUAUAAGUUUAUAACUGUUGAUGUUGGUGCUUACGGGAGGAACAGUGAUGGUGGAAUUUUUAGAUCAUCAUUUUUGGGACAAGCCCUUGCUAAUGGGACAUUAAAUAUCCCUCCACCAAAAUCGUUACCACUUUCAGACGUAAUCGCCCCUCAUGUGAUUGUUUGCGAUGAAGCAUUUCCUCUCACUAAAAAUACAAUGAGACCGUUUCCAGGGAAUGCACUUGAAAAUAAUCGAGAAAAUAAGGUCUACAACUACCGCCAUUGCCGAGCGAGAAGAGUGGUUGAAAAUGCAUUCGGUAUAUUGGCAAAAAAAUUUAAAAUUUAUAACAGAAAAUUCAACUUAAAACCAGAGAACAUGGACACAAUUAUAUUAGCGACGACAGUGUUGCAUAAUUUUUUACGGAAUGAUAUAUGUUAUUGGCAGCCAGGAGAAUUGGAGGAUACAAAUACUCCAGAAGGGUUGAACAACUUAACUGGAGUUGGAGGAAAUAAUCCAAGGGAGGCUUUUAUUAUAAGAGAAAAUUUCAAACAAUUUUUCGUGUCAGAUGGUUCGGUACCGUGGCAGUGGGAAAAAGCGUUUACAACCCGAAGUACCUAAUCAUUGAAAACGAAUUUUACCUUUUACCUAAAUUAAAAAUUAAAUUAAAUUAAAAUGAAAUAUUUUAUAAAAUAAUAUUAUUAAGUAGAUUAGGUAGUAUAGUUUUUAAAAUAAAUUAAAUACAGCAGUUUUUUUUAAUUACCUUUAAAAAGGGUAAAACAUAAUUAUUAAAUAAAUUUUAUAAUAUUACAAUUUUAGGAUGUUUAUACACAAUUGUAUUUUCAGUUAAGUCUUAAGUACAGAAUUUCAACUAUGUAGAAGUAUUAAAAUGUUAAAAUGUUCAAUGAAAAUAAAUUAUACUUACCAGAACUUCCCACUGUCUUUGCUACUUCUUCCCAUGCAUUCUUUAGCAAUCGCAUAUCAGCGUGUCCUUUUUCAGUUGGAUCAUAAAUAAAUGUGUAUUUGCGAACACACUCUAUCAAUAUUUCAUCUUCCAUAAUUUAGUAUUAACAAACAAUAAACAAAAUAUGAAAUAUAAAUUUGUAUCACACCGAGAAAAAUGAUAAUCGAAUGAAAUUUUGAAGCUGACAAGAGGUUUCCGUCGUCCGUCAAUUUUGCCCUAAACAGCAAUAUAUCCGUCACCUGACGUUUCCAAGAUGCGACGUGACGAUACGUGUCGUAACCUGUGUGCGCCUGUUCAUAAG